UUCAAUUAAAAGUUAUUCGCCUCUCGUUUUCGUCGGUUGUAGUCAGCGGCUUUAGUUAAAAUGUUCAAUUUCUUUGUACUUUUCUUAAUCAUUUUUAUGCAAAGUGCUUUAAAUUUAAUGUUGUGUUGUCCGGUCGAAGAUGACAUGAAAUCAAUUUUCAAAGAAACCAACACUCGGAAUAAAUCUGAUGAGAUUUCACUGCAAGAUAGUAUUGAGAGCCGUUUAAUUGUGCAAAAACCCAAUGUUCAGGAUCAUACGGGAGCAACGGCGGCAUCAGUUUGGACAACAGACUCCACCCAUCAUAAUUAUGAAGCCACGACUCCGACUGCUGAUAUUAAAGCAAUAAAUGAAAUUAAUAACGCCAUUGCUGGUCGAAACGUGGACGACCAAAAAAAUUUAGAAACAACUACGAUAUCAGUCGAAAGUGACGACACAACUACAACAAAAAUUGGCAAUUGGAGUAAUACGAAAGCGAUAACAGCACCAUUUGGUGGCAAAAAAAAUGUAGAGCCAAUUAACACAAUAAAUGGAACCAGAAAUAGAUCAAACGAUUUAAAGUCAGCAACGCAAAAUAGUUGGGAGACGACCAUCAAGUCGGUGCAGGAUGAGGACUCAAGUUCAGUAACAACCACUAGGCAAGAUAGGCCAGAAACAACAACAGAAAAUACAGACAAUAUAAGAAUUAGAAGCGAAACCAGAUCGGAAAAAUCUUCCGAUGUAGCAGAAACUGAACAAAGCGAAAUUCCCGUCGAAACAACUGCUAUACCAAUCGAAGCUGAAAGCAAUUCAGCCAGUACGAGCGCGAGAAGUUUGGCAACAACUACGAUAUUGAUGGGAAAAUCUAUAGGCAAGGCUGAUGAAGACUUAGAAGACGAUAAGCCAAACCCAGUGGGCCGAGCCAUAAUAGCAAGUAGUGCACUUUAUUGUGGCACGUACUUGGGUCGUAGGAUUUCAUUUGGUGUGCCAACCACAUUAUUAGAGUAUCCUUGGUCGGCGUUAUUAGUUUAUAAUUCAACGGAACGCUUUCAUUGUGGAGGUACCUUAGUAACGCCUAGAUAUGUUUUAACAGCUGCGCACUGUGUGACCGAACAAUUUUAUCCACUAGUUGCUGUUCGAAUUGGUGAGCAUAAUAUUAGUUCGGCGAAAGAUUGUGCUGAAGAUUUAGGUGGCGGCCUUAUAUGCAGUGAAGAUCCUAUCGAUGCUGGCAUUGAAAAAGUAAUUAGACACAAAAGAUACAGUCGACGUACCCACAAAAAUGAUAUCGCUUUAAUACGUCUGGAUCAGACGAUCUCGUACACAAGAUCCCAUUUCCCGAUAUGUUUGCCUCAACCUGGUGAAGAUUUUUCUACUUUAUCAAGGGCUACUAUCACUGGUUGGGGAGCGACCGAAAAAAGCUUGAGUUCUAAUAUAUUGAUGAAGGCGGAAAUUCCUGUCCUAGAUAUAAACGAAUGCACACGAAUAUAUCGGUCUUUCUUCAAUAACGAUAAGGAAAUAUGUGCAUCCGGCAUUAAUGAGGUGGAUGUUUGUAAAGGUGACUCUGGCGGACCAUUAUUUACAAGCGUUUACAGGAAUAGGCGUACCCGUUCCGUGCAAAUCGGUGUCACGUCCUUAGGCGUAGCUAGUUGUGGGGAUAAACGUUAUCUACCGGCUGUGUUUACCCGAGUUCCUUCUUACAUGAAUUGGAUAGAAAAUAAUUUGGAGGAAUAAAGGUCAUUUUAUU